CUUUGCACAACACAACAGCCACGCGAGGUAAGUCACGCUCCUGCUCUUUGUAUCUACACUUUCCAUGAGGAACAUACGUGUCGCCCCUAUCUUACAUGUAAUAUGGUGAUCCGACCACUCAAGCCAAACGAGAUGACUGAACUUUUCCAACUUUUCCGAGAUUGUUAUGAGAUUGCGCCUAAAGAGCUUUCGCUAACUCAUUCAAGCUGUUUGUGGGAACGACACCGGUCCUCUUCAUUGUAGCGCUGCAUCGCAUGCUAUGCGCACUGGUCGUGCUGCUUGGCCUCCAUCGUAGCUCAGCGGAGCGCGUCCCUAGAAAUCCGAUCCGUCAGACCACGGUGGUAUUGGACGUCGCUGAGCUACGCAAGACCUCAACACAUUUGACAACCCUAGACCCGCUGCAGGACUCACAGGUAGUGUGCACAUGUCAAGAACUUUCUAUGAUGAAUGUAGAAGCAGAAGCCUUAAUGUCAGACGAUUGUACAUCAGUGUCUAGCGUGAGCAGUAGUGGCGGAAGAGCAAUGACAGUCGUAGUAGCAGAAAUCACAGAUAUAUUGGUUGCCCGUGCACAUUGUUUUCCCCUACGCACUUCGGCUCCAUGAUGGCGGAUCAUAGAUCUUCGAUUCCGUGACGACCC